AUGUCGAUCCUUCGAGAGUCGUUGGGGCUGAUUUCUCCCUUAGCUAAGCCGCCUUCCGUGGUGGAGUCGAAAGAAAUUCUAUCCCGAAAAUCUCAGAAAGUAAAGAAGAGAAAAAUUCAAACGGAGACCCCCUUUCGAUGGUCUCUGGCAAGCCGAGAAUUCGUAGAUUAUAACAUCGGUCAUCUUGAAAGCCCAGUCCCUGUCCGGCUGGUGAACGGGAACAACAUGUGCUCUGGGAGAGUCGAAGUCUAUCAUAACUCUACCUGGGGCACCGUCUGUGGCAGGAGCUGGAAUAGGAGUGAAGCGGACGUGGUCUGCAGGAUUUUGAACUGUGGGACAUCUGAGUCGGUAACAACAGAUGCCUCCUACGGAGAGGGCACUGGGAAGAUCUGGCUGGAUGGGGUGAAGUGUAAUGGGACAGAGCCUGCUCUCGACCAGUGCCCAGCCAGCCCAUGGGGGGUGAAUAACUGCUCCCACGCACAGGACGCUGGAGUCUCCUGCACAGGCCCGGUCCCCGUCCGGCUGGUGAACGGGAACAACAUGUGCUCUGGGAGAGUCGAGGUCUAUCAUAACUCUACCUGGGGCACCGUCUGUGGCAGGAGCUGGAAUAGGAGUGAAGCGGACGUGGUCUGCAGGAUUUUGAACUGUGGGACAUCUGAGUCGGUAACAACAGAUGCCUCCUACGGAGAGGGCACUGGGAAGAUCUGGCUGGAUGGGGUGAAGUGUAACGGGACAGAGCCUGCUCUCGACCAGUGCCCGGCCAGCCCAUGGGGGGUGAAUAACUGCUCCCACGCACAGGACGCUGGAGUCUCCUGCACAGGCCCAGUCCCCGUCCGGCUGGUGAACGGGAACAACAUGUGCUCUGGGAGAGUCGAGGUCUAUCAUAACUCUACCUGGGGCACCGUCUGUGGCAGGAGCUGGAAUAGGAGUGAAGCGGACGUGGUCUGCAGGAUUUUGAACUGUGGGACAUCUGAGUCGGUAACAACAGAUGCCUCCUACGGAGAGGGCACUGGGAAGAUCUGGCUGGAUGGGGUGAAGUGUAACGGGACAGAGCCUGCUCUCGACCAGUGCCCGGCCAGCCCAUGGGGGGUGAAUAACUGCUCCCACGCACAGGACGCUGGAGUCUCCUGCACAGGCCCGGUCCCCGUCCGGCUGGUGAACGGGAACAACAUGUGCUCUGGGAGAGUCGAGGUCUAUCAUAACUCUACCUGGGGCACCGUCUGUGGCAGGAGCUGGAAUAGGAGUGAAGCGGACGUGGUCUGCAGGAUUUUGAACUGUGGGACAUCUGAGUCGGUAACAACAGAUGCCUCCUACGGAGAGGGCACUGGGAAGAUCUGGCUGGAUGGGGUGAAGUGUAACGGGACAGAGCCUGCUCUCGACCAGUGCCCGGCCAGCCCAUGGGGAGUGAAUAACUGCUCCCACGCACAGGACGCUGGAGUCUCCUGCACAGGCCCGGUCCCCGUCCGGCUGGUGAACGGGAACAACAUGUGCUCUGGGAGAGUCGAGGUCUAUCAUAACUCUACCUGGGGCACCGUCUGUGGCAGGAGCUGGAAUAGGAGUGAAGCGGACGUGGUCUGCAGGAUUUUGAACUGUGGGACAUCUGAGUCGGUAACAACAGAUGCCUCCUACGGAGAGGGCACUGGGAAGAUCUGGCUGGAUGGGGUGAAGUGUAACGGGACAGAGCCUGCUCUCGACCAGUGCCCGGCCAGCCCAUGGGGGGUGAAUAACUGCUCCCACGCACAGGACGCUGGAGUCUCCUGCACAGGUGAGUGUGGGUGGGCAGCGAGUGUGUGCUUUACACUGAAACCUCUGCUGUGCUAUUGAGUGAACUCCAGUGUUGAACGGAUUGUUCACCUGACUGCAUCUCUGUCCUUCUCGAGUUCCUCAACUACUGUACAGAGUCUUGCCUUCUUAGGAAGUUUUCUGAUGACUCUGCCAUAAUUGGAUGCAUCAGCAAGGGAGAUGAGGCUGAGUACAGGUCUACGGUGGGAAACUUUGUCACAUGGUGCGAGCAGAAUCAUCUGCAGCUUAAACUGAAAAAUUCUGAAGAGCUGAUGGUGGACCUAACGAGGGCUAAAUCACCGAUGACCCC